UUAGAAAGAAGAGGACCAAACAAGCCCUUAUCGCGGCCUAUCAUACAAACAGAAAUAAAGAAAGAAAGAAAGAAAGAAAAAUAGAAAACACAGACAAAGCUGACGUUGAGCUUCCUCAUCUGAAACUUUUAGAGCUUGCGGUUUUCGAGGCCAUUUCCUUGGCACUCCCUUCGUCUACCAGGUUUAGUAUAAGAGAUGAGUACACUGGAUGCUACUAGAGCAGAACUUGGCCUUGUUGUUCUUUAUCUAAAUAAGGCUGAAGCCAGGGACAAGAUAUGCAGGGCAAUACAAUAUGGUUCAAAAUUCUUGAGUAAUGGAGAAUCUGGCACUGCUCAAAAUGUUGACAAAUCAACUAGCUUGGCAAGGAAAGUUUUUCGCCUUUUUAAGUUUGUCAAUGAUCUUCAUGCUCUUAUAAGUCCAACUCCUCAAGGGACACCUCUUCCUCUUGUUCUACUGGGAAAGUCCAAAAACGCAUUGCUGUCAACUUUUCUAUUUCUUGAUCAAGUUGUAUGGCUUGGUAGGACAGGAAUCUAUAAGAACAAAGAACGUGCUGAGUUGAUUGGGCGUAUUUCUCUUUUCUGCUGGAUGGGUUCAUCAAUUUGCACCACUUUAGUUGAGCUUGGGGAGCUUGGAAGGCUUUCUGCAUCGAUGAAAAAGUUGGAGAAAGAUCUUAAGAACACAAAUAAAUAUCAUAAUGAGGAUUACCGUGCUAAACUCAAAAAAUCAAAUGAGAGGUCAUUGGCCCUGAUUAAAGCAGGCAUGGACAUAGUGGUGGCAGUCGGACUGCUUCAGUUGGCCCCUAAGAAAGUUACCCCACGUGUUACUGGAGCUUUUGGUUUUGUCAGCUCUCUCAUCUCUUGUUAUCAGUUACUUCCAGCACCAGCAAAAUCCAAAUCAUCCUGAAGAUAAGUCUUUUAUCUCCUCAACAAGCUUCAGUGUCUUUUAAUAAUUACUAGGACUUGUAAUGUCAAAUCCUUGUUGAUGCAAAGCCUUACGAGUAAUUUGGCAGCUAGAAAGAAAAGGCUUUGUUUAUUAUUCCAUGGUCCAUACUCUUCUCUUACAAUAGCAAUAUUAUCUUUUCUUAUUUAUUCA